CAGGUGGACCUCGGCGGAUGCCGGUCAAUCGACGCUCGGCAAGCAACGGCCGCAGCGCAGCGCAUCGAGUACGGCGUGUUGUAGGACGCCGAAGAAAAGCACCGGUUCCCCCUUCUCAUUGCGCCAUCGGAGGACUUGGAAUACCCGAUGCCACAUCGGAGACCGUGAAACGGACUGCGACAUCACAGCGAAGGGGGUUGUUUUCGAGGGGGACAUUUUUUUUUCUGUCCUGCGCUGGACGACGAACUUCACUGGCUGACGAGUCGCUGACGGUUGUUCGCCCUUUUUUGUUUCUUUUUUGUUUGGUUCGCCGUUUUUGUUUUUCGCCACCCAUCCGUCCCGACGUGCUAAGAGACCUCCACUGUCCAUCAACGACGUGAAAAAAGUUGACCACGACGCCUAGUUCUCGCCGCCUGGGUCGCAAGAGCAUCAUGGCGAUUCCCCGGAGACUGGCAUUGCCCGUGGCGCUCGUUUUGGCAGCAGCGGUGGCCGCCUGUCUGAUACCCUUGGCCGAGAGCAGAGCUCUGAAUAUCAGGAAGAGGGCUGCUUUUUACAUCGCCAACGACACCGGCGGAGCCGGUGGCGACUCUGCCGGUGACGGCGGUUCUUCCUCGGGAGCGGGCGAAGCUACGACAAAGAGUCCGGACGCCAGCUCUGCUGACGCAAGCGCUGGAGCAGCCACACCCUCGACUCCGGCGACAACUGGAAUUACCGGCGAAGGAAGCGGAGAGGACAAGGAUAAGUUCGUAUUCCACGGCGACGCUCCUCCAGUCAUCGCUACGGGCGUCAUAUUCGAUGUCUCUGAUAAUGAGGCCAUACCAAGGAAGCCUGGCGAAGGUCACGACGUAGACAUAUUCGGCACUGCUCAGACUACACCAAAACCUAGUGAUGAUGGUGACCAUGGUGCCACCACGGAGGCUACUUCAACGACUACUGCAGCUCCUGGUGGUGGUUUCGCGGAAGGAUCCGGUGCUGGAUCUUCUGAAGGAGAAAAUGGCGGAUCGGCUGGCGGAUCGGCUGACGGAUCGGCAGGUGGAUCGGCUGACGGGUCGGCUGACGGGUCAGUUGGUGAAUCUGCUGGUGGAUCCUCUGUGGGAUCGGCUGGUGAAUCGGCUGAUGGAUCUUCUGAUGGCUCAGCUGGUGAAUCAGCUAGUGGAUCACCUGAUGGUGUAUCCUCCUUAUGCCGGUGGAUCAGCUGGAGGAGCAGCUGGAGGAUCACCUGAUGGGUCCACCUUCGGUGACCAUGACGCAUCCACAGAGGCACCGACUACGACAACGGAAGGACACAGUGAUGUACCUGCUGACAUACCGCAGGCGGAUGCACCCGGCUUCGGUGACCACGACGCAACGACGCCGUCGUCCACUACGACGACGUUAGAUCAUGGCGAUGAAAGCCCGGACGCGUCAGGAGGUAGCGGUGUUUUCAGUGGAUUCGGCGGCAGCACUGACACCCCCGAAGAGAAGACGGGUAACAUAGAACGAGAGGAGAUGACGACCACUACUUCCUCGCCGACAGCUGAUUGCGACAGUGAUUGCAGCGGAGACGGCACGACUACCACGCCGUCACCUCACGACGACACGACUACGGAAGACAACGGAUUUGGUGGCAGCGAUAGCGGAGACGAUGGAAGCUCGACAACGACCACCACCGAGUCCUCCGGAGCUGGAGGUGAUGAUGACGGUGACUCUGGCGGCGACAGUGGGGCUGGAAGUCGUGACAAUGGAGGCGAUGGUGGCGACAAUGGAGGUGACGGUGGGGACAAUGGAGGUGACAAUGGUGACAGUGGAAAUCACGAUACUGAUGGCAACGGUGACAAUGGUGGCCACGACGAUGGCGGCUACAGUGGAGGAGAUGCCGGAGGCGGCAACGGUGACGGUCGCCAUGGUGCUGGAGGUCAUGGUGAUUCCGAAGGUGAUGAAUCUCACGUCCACCACGAUUACGGUGGCCGGAUCCCUCCAACCAGAGAGCAACUCCUUGCCGAGCUCAGUCCAGACACGAGAAGACAAUACGAGAUGGACCACGGGAACAGUCCCGACACCAAAUGAGUCAAAACAGGGGUAAUAGCUGGGCUGCCAAAAGUAAGCCUAUAGUUAGAGGUGGUUCUGCGUGCCACUAUGAGCUCGCGCGUGUGUUAAGUCACAUCAAUAUUUCGCUUCCUCAGUUAUUUUGCAGGAAAGUGGGAAAUCAGGCAGCUAGAACGUGUUUGAAGAUGAGUGUAUUUCAUUUAGCAACCUGAACGCAGCACUCGAUUAUUGUGUUUUGAUCACCCUCUCGAGUGUUUCUCUCUGUUACUAUUAUUAAGAACUUUGCCAGCUGGCAGUUUAAGUCAGUGCGCAGUGUGUUAGUCAUAGUACUUUUAAGCAGUAUGUCAACUGCCAGCCAAUUACGCAGACAAUUCAACAGUCCUACCAGAGGCAUCGAAGCUUUAUAGUGUCACUUCUGUAACUAUCAAGCACUUGGAAACCACAUGUGUUCUUGUUUUUUGUUAGCCUUAGAAGCACUGGAGUAUUUACCAUAGAAAAAAAACAUACUUGUCCCAUUAAAGGGGCGUCGUAGCACAUGAACUCAUUGUUGAUUUGUUGUUUCACACGUGGUGUAACUCUUUAAGCAAUAAAGAGAGUUUACAGUCACAAAAGAA